UCUAGCAUUGUUGUUGUUGGUGCUGAAAACGUUCAUCGCUUCACUCCUCCUCAGCAGUCAGCACCUCGGCACCUUGGGGUUUGAGAGGACGUGCUUCCAUGACGUAAUCAGCCCCAAAAGCAUUGAAGAAGCUGUCCUUCCCCCUACCCAGCCAUGUCAUUAGCCGACGAGCUCCUCAAUGACUUCGAGGAUGGAGAGGAAGAGGAGCUCCUCGCGACGGAGCUGCAGGCCAGGGAGAAUGGCACCAAAGAUGCAUUCAACGAUGACUUCAAGAUGCCCCUGGCCAAACCGGCACUGCGUUCCGUGCGUCAGGUGGCCAAGCUAUGGGACUCUCAGAAGCUGAGGGACAUCAAGGACCUCAUAGACAAGUAUGCCUCCAAGUUAAGAAAGGCAGAGGAACUUCAGGGACCUGUUGAAGGAGACCCUGAGUAUAAACUUAUUGUUGAAGCAAACAAUAUUAAUGUAGACAUUGAAGAUGAAAUUGGCACCAUACACAAAUUUGUCAAAGAAAAGUACGCCAAAAGGUUCCCCGAGUUGGAGUCCCUGGUCGUUAACUCACUAGAGUACCUGAAUGCAGUCCGUGAACUAGGGAAUGAUGUGGACAAGGUGAAGAACAGUGAGGCUCUGGCAAUGAUCCUGACACAGGCAACAAUCAUGGUGGUGAGUGUGACAGCAUCCACCACUCAAGGGACACUGCUGACUGAGGAAGAGCUUGAUGCCAUUGAGGAGGCGUGUAAAAUGGCUCAGGACCUCAAUGCUACCAAGAUAAGGAUUCUUGAAUAUGUGGAGAGUAGAAUGAGCUUCAUUGCACCCAAUCUCUCUUGCAUAGUGGGAGCAUCAACUGCUGCUAAACUGAUGGGUGUUGCUGGAGGCCUUACUAAUCUUUCUAAAAUGCCAGCAAGUAAUGUUUUACUAAUUGGCAAACAAAAGAAGACAAUGAUUGGAAUGGCUCAGACAUCUAUGCUGCCUCACACUGGCUACAUAUACAAUUGUGAGAUUGUGCAAGAGGCUCCCCCUGACCUGCGUGCCAAGGCUGCGCGCAUAGUGGCCUGCAAAGCCACUCUGGCGGCCAGAGUGGACAGCAUGCAUGGGAGUCCCAAUGGUACCCAGGGGCUGCGCUUCAGAGAGGAAGUGGAGAAAAAAUUGGACAAGCUUCAGGAACCACCCCCUGUGAAGGCCAUUAAACCUCUCCCUCAGCCCAUUGAUGCUCCUGGAAAGAAACGAGGCGGUCGUAGAGUCCUCAAGAUGAAGGAACGCAUGGCUGUUACAGAUCUCCGCAAAGCACAAAACAGGAUGAACUUUGGUGAAAUUGAGGAAGAUGCCUAUCAAGAUGACCUGGGGUACACAAGGGGCAAUCUAGGAAAGGGUGGUGCUGGCCGCAUCCGCAAGAUUACUGUUGAUGAGAAAACGAGGGUGCGCCUGUCCAAAACACUUCAGAAAGAGGUUCAGAGACAGACAUCACUUGGCGGGCAAACCACCGUGCGGCGGCAGGUAGCGGGUACGGCCUCCAGCGUGGCCUUCACCCCACUUCAGGGCCUGGAGAUUGUCAACCCUCAGGCGGCUGAGAAUAGCAACAAUGCAAAUGGCAACAAGUAUUUCUCUAAUGUUCUAGGUUUCAAAAAUGUCACCAAAUAAACAAUUUACUA